GGCGCCCUCAGUGUUGUGUUUGAGUUUGUUCGGGAUAGCAGCUGAUAUGCUAUUCCCUCCUUCAAUUUGAAUUUAUAAACAAACGAAUUUUCUUUAUUUUCUAAAAUAUAUAUUUUUUAAAAACUCAUAAAAGGGUGCUCAUACUUUUGAGUAGUAGCAUAUGCAAUAAUGCAACAUCAAUCAUCUUCAAGUGCAAUGAAAACGUUAAAAGGCAUUUUUCAGGAGCCAAGUAAGUAUUAAAGUCACCAAUUUUGUAGAAAUGAACCAUCGACGCGACUUUUUACGUGAAAAUAAAUUGAAUUUACGGGAACUACAAAAGAAUACCACCAAUAAAUUAGCGCAACAACAACAGGACUUAGAAAGAAAACAACAUAAGCACUUGCACAGAUACCACAAAAGUCAUGAGCAGCAACCAAAUGUGGGCCGACGUUCAGAUUCACUGCAACGAUAUGAUGAUAACGACAAGGGACAAUAUCAGUCCUCAAGAAUGACUACAGGAAGAGGCACAGAUGGGAAUAUGCCAAAUAGAGGAACUGCCGCUGCCGCUGCUGCUCCACAGCGCCAAAUGUCUUUUCGCCGCUCCUAUAGCCAGCAACGCAAUGGAAGUAGAGAAAAUAUACAACAAACAGCUACCAGAAAUGGUAAUGAGGCAUAUGUUUGUAACAAUCCCUUAGAGCAAAAGGCAAACAGAGUGCCUCGAAGUGGCAGUGCUAUGUCUAUAAUAUCCAAGGCUGAAUCCUGCGACAAAGAAAUUCAAACUGAGGAUAUACUUGAUGAAGAAUUUUUGUACGAAGCCUUAAAGAAAUGUAGUUCCACAGAGGCGGAAUUUUCAAAUAAACAAAUAAGAGAGACGGCAAAGUCCGAUACAAAGUCCAAUAAUUAUCGUGAUCAAGAACCCUCAAAAUAUAUAAAUAAUGACAAUAAAUCACGCGAACGUGUUUCAUAUGACUACAAUCAUCGUGAUGUUGUGGAAGAACGUCAAUCCCAUGAACAAAUAACCCACUAUACGGCACGUUCCCAAUGCUCAGAAAUGGAAAAUAGUAAUAAAGUUUCUUUGAUGACAGAGCAACAUCAAAACCAUUAUGAUGAAGAAUUACCAGAGAACUUUCAAAAUUUGCAAAUAAAUGCACAUAUGCCCAGGGAACAGGAAACUCAGUCAAGUGCCAGAAGCCGCCAAACAAUGUUUUCGAAUACCAGCAAGAGAAAAUCGAAUGGAAAUUACAAACUAGGCAGUCGCGAUGAAAUACGUUUGCCUCGCUAUCUGGAAAAGGAAAAACGCGAAAAGGAAGAACAGCGCCAACGUGUUAUUUCUCAAGAUCCCAAUUGCCCCUUGGGCCAUUAUGCUUUAUCGGAAGAAGAACGUGUGGCUUUACUAAACGGUGCAAAGAAGAAAAUGGAAUCCCUGGUGCUGGAACUAAAUCGCAUGCCCAUGACCACCGAAACAUUACGCAUUCGUCGCAGAAAAGUUGAAAUAGAGAAGGAACUUUCGCAAAUUGAAUUGAACAUAAGAGCUUUUUCCAAACCAAAGGUUUAUGUACCGGCAUCCGACUGUGAAACAUCCAUGCCAUAUUAGCAUUACAAAAAAAUGUUAGUUUAAUUUAGACAAUAUCUAAAAUUCUUGUAAACAAUGGGACAUGCAAAAACUAAGAAUGUCAUCAAAUGAAAUAACAAGGACCAUUAGACAAAAACGAUGCAAUCAAUCAUAGGGGGAAAAUUGAUAUUUAAUUGCAAUGUAAAUAAUAUUUUUUAUUUGUUUUUAUAUUUAAUGUGUGUAUAUAUGCCUGAUAUGACAUUAAUAAACAUACAAACAAAUGAAGCCGGUA